UCAAAAGCAUUUGCUGCAACAGAGGUGUAUGUGAUCCUCUUCUCUUGAAUCACUAUGAUGCGUUUUUUCAUCUUUUUGACAGUCUUCUGUGUCCUUGCACAAGGAUGCCCUAAAAUCAUCUCUAGAGCUAGCUGGGGAGCAUCUCCUUCUAAAUGUCAAGCCAGGUUACCUAGAGCUCUGAAAUAUGUUAUUAUCCAUCAUACAGCUGGUGCCUCCUGCACUACAGAAUCUGCAUGUAAAGCCCAGGCCAGGAGCAUCCAGAACUUUCACAUGAAAACAAAUGGCUGGUGUGACAUCGGAUACAACUUCCUGAUAGGAGAGGAUGGACAGAUUUAUGAGGGUCGAGGUUGGCAGACUGUUGGAGCACAUGCCAAAAACUACAACUCCAAUUCUAUUGGCAUCAGUUUCAUGGGAACCUUCACCAAUCGUGUUCCAAACUCUGUGGCUCAGCAAGCAGCUAAAAAUCUGAUAAACUGUGCAGUAGCUAAAAAUGUCAUAAACACAGAUUACACUCUUAAGGGACAUCGUGAUGUGUCAUCUACAGAAUGCCCAGGAACAAGCUUUUACAAUCUCAUCAAAAAUUGGCCCCACUUUAAGGCUUAAAGUCGAUAUUUAGAUAAAUAGCGCAUGUGUUGAACACCCUUUACUUGUUUUUUAUAUGUAUUGCACUAAAUAUUAUGAAUAAUAACAUUUUCCACCUUCUUCUGAGAAGGAAGUUAAUUAUGCUGUAAUUUACCCAUCCCAGUUUCAAUAAAAAGAACAGGCAGCAUUCAAAUCCUAUUUAUUUUGCACAUGUUGCUGAAAAGUGCAUGCAGGUAAAUAUUGCCGGUCUAAGGGCAGAGACACACCUGAAGAUUCGGGGAGAUUAGUCGCCUGGUGACAAAUUGCCUCUUUUUCGGGCGACUAAUCUCCCGAACUGCCUUCCUGCUGACUAGAAUCUAAAUCGCCGAAGAGCUCCGAGUGCCAUCCCGUCAGCGAUUUAGAUUCUAGCUGGUGGGGAGGCAGUCACCCAAAGAAGAGUCGAUUUGUCGCCAGGCGACUAAAUCUCCCCGAAUCUUCACGUGUGUCUUUGUCUUAAAGAAGCUUUUUAUUAUCAUCCAAUCCGAUUAAGAGGAAUUAAGUAAUUGUACCAAUGAUAGGGAGAGGACAAAAGCAGUACUACUGUUAAUUUGUACUGUAUUCAUACCCAUACACCAUGUUUUUGGCAUUAUAGACCCUUUUCUCGUGUGUCCAAUGUACUAUGCUUAAUGAGUAUUGUAUUUACUAGUAAACAUAAACAUAGAUGGUAUCAUUUACAUUUUAAUUCCUUUAAAACACCAAUUUCUUGUUAAUUGAUCGAAUAUACAAUUUAAUGCAAUAUGUUAUGUGUUUCUAUAGCUAAGAUUUUCUUUUGCCUCUUUAUUCAUGUUAUAUUAAACGUGAUUCACAUGAAAA